CACCGCCCAUUCUUAAUCUUCUCUUCCUAAUCUUCUUUUUCCUUCAUUCCCUUCACACGUUGCUUCCUCACAUUUCCCAAUCUCUCCCUCCUCACCUUUUCCUUUUCCUUUUCCUUUUCCUUUUCCUUUCUUCCUCAUAUAUGUUAUGUAAUUAGUACAGUAGAUAACUAGAUAUUGUGUCAGAAGUCAAGAAACUUGUUAAUUUCCCUUUUGUCCUUCUGAGCAAAGAGGCCCCUUUGUGUCAGAAGAAAAUCUUUUAUCUGCAAGUACAUACCCUCCCACCACUACUAGUAUUGCCUGUUUCUCUUUCAAUCCCGUCCCAUGAAUCCAAACCAAACCAAACCCUUCCUUCUUUCGUAGUUCGGAUCAUCCUAUAUAACUAGUAUAUAUUUACUUCCUAGAAAGCUACAAGUGCAACAAGUCAAGUACCCUCAGAAACCCUAAAUUUUUCCCACCUAGUUCUUGACCCUGUCUCAGCAUUCUUCUCAAUGAGCCCUCAACACAUGAACAUCCCUUUGAGUCGUAGGUCGAUCAGAACCAGGUUAGCUUACCGGUUCCUUCGAGCCCUGAAGAAACUGAACAGGCAAAGAACCGGUGCUGUAACUUCUUCAACUUCGUCAUCUAUCAGAGACACUUGUAGACGCUAUCAUAUGGUUAAGAUGGCUGCUUAUGCAUCCAUGGCUUCUGCUGUCGGAUCAAAACGAGCAUGGAGCCGUGCUUUGCUCUCGAAGAUUAGGAAUCGAGGGCUGAACCGUUGGCUUGUCAAGCGAAACAAAUCUCGUGCAUUAAGGGGAAGAAGCUCAUCAAAUGCUGUAGCAAAAGAAAACCCUAGCAAAGGGUCAACAGUUGGUCUUGAAGAAGCUCAUCAAGAACUUCGGAAGCUCGUUCCGGGAGGUGAAGUUAUGGAUGUGUUGAGCUUGUUCGAUGAAACUGCCCAUUAUAUAAAGUGCCUCACCUCCCAGGUACAAAUCAUGAGAAAUAUUGUGGAUUUUUAUUCGGAUUGAUGAUAAGCCAGCUGUUAUGGUUAUAAGCACAACAGUACAUCAUCAUCAACAGCAGUUCAUCUGAUGCAUAGAUCAGAAAGAGAUGAUCCCGUCUGGGGGUGGAUGCAGAGGUAAGUGCGUGCCAACGAUGACCAAGGAAAAUAAGGUGGCUUUUAAUUAGGUUCAUGUUUCAUACGAGUAAAUCUGAGGUACGACUUUUCCAACAGUAAGAUGUGAGGGUCACAUGUAUGAUAAGAUGAAAAACUGUGUCACUGUUAUUGUACAGAAAUAUUCAGGAGUUAUUGUGUGUCUGUUUUGGUGCUUAUAUUCCCACUCAUUCUUCUCUUCUCUUAUUUUCUCUCUUGUAUCUGGUGUGUGUUGUGUGUGAGACUAUGACGAUACUCUUAGAUCUCUUGGAAGAUAUUUGCAG